AUGUAUACAGCUAAUUUAAUCGGGUUCGUGUUGGCUGUGGCCUCGAGUGCUUUCAUUGGAUCCAGUUUUAUCAUCAAGAAGAAGGGUCUCCAGAGAGCCAGAGCCUCUGGCUGUCGUGCCAACUCAGGAGGAUAUGGAUAUCUACUAGAACCUCUUUGGUGGAUUGGCAUGAUAACUAUGAUUGUUGGAGAAUUUGCCAAUUUCGUAGCAUACAUGUAUGCUCCUGCUGUCCUUGUGACACCGCUUGGCGCAUUAAGUAUAAUUGUCAGUGCUGUUUUAGCUCAUUUUCUGUUGAAAGAAAAAUUGUGGAAGUUAGGAAUAUUGGGAUGUGUUUUGUGUGUAGUAGGUUCUACUGUCAUCGUGCUUCAUGCACCUGCUGAACAUGGUAUUAGUUCUGUGGAAGAAAUCUGGGAAUUAGCAAUACAGCCAGCUUUUCUUUUGUAUACAGCUUCAGUAGUAGCAGUGGUCUUGGUACUGAUUUUGUAUUGCGAACCACGUUAUGGGCAGACAUAUAUCUUGGUUUAUAUUGGCGUUUGUUCUAUAAUUGGAUCCUUAACGGUUAUGAGCAUUAAAGCAAUAGGUAUUGCUAUUAAACUUACUUUGGAAGGCUCAAGCCAGGUUGUGCGCUACCAAACGUGGAUAUUUUCCAUGGUUGCAGUUUCAUGCAUAAUUACUCAGUUAAACUACUUAAACAAGGCCUUGGAUACAUUCAACACUGCUGUUGUUUCCCCAAUCUAUUAUGCCCUGUUCACAUCACUCACUAUUUUUGCCAGUGCCAUAAUGUUCAAGGAUUGGUCUGGUCAAACACGAUCGUCGUAA